GCCUUUUAUGAACCUCUCAAUUAUACAGUCAGUCUAUGUGCACCGGAGUUUGGAGUCUUCACAUCACACCUGUGUACGUUGCAUACUGGACUGUGAUUGGCUCGAAGCUAGUUGUCACAACAUCACCUGGUGUGGGCUCUGCUAUGAACCAGUGUGAGGAGACAGAGGAGGGAGCCCCCCCCUCUAAAACCACUCUGUGUGGGGAACAUGGCAGCCAGACCAGAGCUCAGAGCCCAGAGCAGCAGAGACCAGACUCUGCUGGACCUGGACCCAGCUGUGUGUCCAUCAAGAGCCACCAGUCCAUGGAUGAACCUUUUAAGUUUAAAGGACGACUUCCUUCAGAGACUCAGGUUCGUCAGCAGAGACCAGACUCUCCUGGACCUGGACCCAGCUGUGUGUCCAUGAAGAGUGACAAGUCCAUGGGUCAUCCUUUAAACUUCAGAGAUGGACACCACUCUGCUGAAGAAAGAGUUCAGCAGGUUCCUGGUGGUCAGUCUGUCCAGCAGCAUCCAACAGACCUGGACUCCAUAUUUAUGCAUCUUGAGGAAAACGUUGUCACUUUUGUGAAGAACGAGCUGAAAAAGUUCCAGAAGGUUCUGAGUCCAGAUUACCCAGAAUGCUUAGGGAGACAGAGUGAGGAUGAGGAGGUGGUGGAUGGUGAGGAGGAAGAGCAGAGGACGAGCAGCAGAGAGGCAUUUCUGAAGAUCACACUGCACUUCCUGAAGAGAAUGAAGCAGGAGGAGCUGGCUGACCGUCUGCAGAGCAGAACUGUUGCUGCAGUUUGUCGACAUCAACUCAAAUCUCACCUGAAGCAGAAAUAUCAGCGUGUGUUUGAGGGGAUUGCUAAAGCAGGAAACCCAACCCUUCUGAACCAGAUCUACACAGAGAUCUACAUCACAGAGGGAGGAACUGCAGAGGUCAAUGAUGAACAUGAGGUCAGACUGAUUGAAACAGCAUCCAGGAAACCAGACAGUCCAGAAACAACAAUCAGGUGUGAAGAUAUCUUUAAACCCUCACCUGGAAGAGAUGAACCAAUUAGAACAGUGAUGACAAAGGGAGUGGCUGGCAUUGGGAAAACAGUCUUAACGCAGAAGUUCACUCUGGACUGGGCUGAAGACAAAGCCAACCAGGACAUACACUUCACAUUUCCAUUCACUUUCAGAGAGCUGAAUCUGCUGAAAGAGAAAAAGUACAGCUUGGUGGAACUUGUUCAUCACUUCUUUACUGAAACCAAAGAAGCAGGAAUCUGCAGGUUUGAAGAGUUCCAGGUUGUGUUCAUCUUUGACGGUCUUGAUGAGUGUCGACUUCCUCUGGACUUCCAGAACAAUGAGGUCCUGACUGAUGUUACAGAGUCCACCUCAAUGGAUGUGCUGCUGACAAACCUCAUCAGGGGGAACCUGCUUCACUCUGCUCGCCUCUGGAUAACCACACGACCUGCAGCAGCCAAUCAGAUUCCUCCUGAGUGUGUUGACAUGGUGACAGAGGUCAGAGGGUUCACUGACCUACAGAAGGAGGAGUACUUCAGGAAGAGAUUCAGUGAUGAGGAGCAGGCCAACAGAAUCAUCUCCCACAUCAAGACAUCACGAAGCCUCCACAUCAUGUGCCACAUCCCAGUCUUCUGCUGGAUCACUGCUACAGUUCUGGAGGAUGUGUUGAAGACCAGUGAAGAAGAAGAGCUGCCCAAGACCCUGACUGAGAUGUACAUCCACUUCCUGGUGGUUCAGUCCAAAGUGAAGAUCGUCAAGUAUGAUGGGGGGGCUGAGACAGAUCCAUACUGGAAUAAAAAGAGCAUGAAGAUGAUUGUGUCUCUGGGAAAAUUGGCUUUCGAGCAGCUGCAGAAAGGCAACCUGAUCUUCUAUGAAUCAGACCUGACAGAGUGUGGCAUCGAUAUCAGAGCAGCCUCAGUGUACUCAGGAGUGUUCACACAGAUCUUUAGAGAGGAGAGUGGGCUGUACCAGGACAAGGUGUUCUGCUUCAUCCAUCUGAGUGUUCAGGAGUUUCUGGCUGCUCUUCAUGUCCAUCUGACAUUCAUCAACUCUGGUGUCAGUCUGCUGUCAGAAACAACAUCCUGGUGGACUGGACUUUUGACCUCCCUGUGGUCUAAACCAUUUAGAGACAAACCUGAAACCAACACUUUCUACCAGAGUGCUGUGGACAAGGCCUUACAGAGUCCAAAUGGACACCUGGACUUGUUCCUCCGCUUCCUCCUGGGUCUUUCUCUACAGACCAAUCAGACUCUCCUACGAGGCCUAGUGACACACUCAGGAAGUAUCUCACAGACCAACCAGGAAACAGUCGAGUACAUCAAGAAGAAGAUCAGUGAGAAUCUGUCUCCAGAGAGAAACAUCAAUUUGUUCCACUGUCUGAAUGAACUGAAUGAUCGUUCUCUAAUGGAGGAGAUCCAACACUACUUGAGUUCAGGAAGUCUCUCCACAGAUAAACUGUCGCCUGCUCAGUGGUCAGCUCUGGGCUUCAUCUUACUGUCAUCAGAAAAAGAUCUGGACGUGUUUGAUCUGAUGAAAUACUCUCCAUCAGAGGAGGUUCUUCUGAGGCUGCUGCCAGUGGUCAAAGCCUCCAACAAAGCUCUGCUGGGUGGCUGUAAUCUGUCAGAAAGAAGCUGUAACACUUUGUCCUCAGUUCUCAGCUCCCAGUCCUCUAGUCUGAGAGAGCUGGACCUGAGUAACAACGACCUGCAGGAUUCAGGACUGAAACUGCUCUCUGCUGGACUGGAGAGUCCACACUGUACCCUGGAGACUCUCAGGCUGUCAGGCUGUCUGAUCACAGAGGAAGGCUGUACUUCUCUGGCCUCAGCUCUGAGAUCCAACCCCUCCCAUCUGAGAGAGCUGGACCUGAGCUACAAUCAUCCAGGAGACUCAGGAGUGAAGCUGCUGUCUGCUGGACUGGAGGAUCCACACUGGAGACUGGACACUCUCAGGGUGGAACAUGGUGGAGAGCAGAGGCUGAAACCUGGUGUGAGGAAGUAUGCCUGUGAACUCACACUGGACACAAACACAGUACACAGAAACCUCAAACUGUCUGACGACAACAGGAAGGUGACAGUAGUGACAGAGAAGCUGCCAUAUCCUGAUCAUCCAGAGAGGUUUGACAGCUGGCCUCAGCUGCUGUGUAGAAAUGGUCUGACUGGUCGCUGUUACUGGGAGGUCGAGUGGGAAGGAAGGGCUCAUAUAUCAGUGAGUUACAGAGGAAUCAGAAGGAGAGGACGCAGUGUUGACUGCAGGUUUGGACGAAAUAAUCAGUCCUGGACUCUGAUAUGCUCUGAUGAUGAUGGUUACUCUGUCAGGCACAGUAAGAGAACAACAGUCCUCUCCUCCUCCCCUCCUCCUCCUGUCUCUAACAGAGUAGCAGUGUAUGUGGACUGUCCUGCUGGCACUCUCUCCUUCUACAGAGUCUCCUCUGACACACUGAUCCACCUCCACACCUUCAACACCACAUUCACUGAACCUCUUUAUCCUGGCUUUGGUUUCUGGUCGUCUCUCAGGUCUGGUUCCUCAGUGUCUCUGUGUUCUCUGUAGGAGAGAGAGUCUCCUCCUGUGUACAGAAACACUCACACUGCUGACAAACACACCAUCUUUCUGUAAGUCAUACUAACUCAGGUUCAUUCAGGUUUUUGAGGCAAACUUUAAGAUUUUAGUUUUAGGUUUUCUUUACUUUGCAAUCUGAUUUUUUCUCUCAUAAAACAUCAUAUAUAUAUAUAUAUAUAUAUAUAUAUAUAUAUAUAUAUA